CUCAUAGCAUGAUCCCUCACAGGGAGGGGAAGGAAACCAUUGGCAGGUACGAGGCAUUCUGCGUCUCUGCCAUUGGAAAGUUUAGUGUGGAGACAGGAGAAGAAGAAUAAAAAAUAACGACAAGCCCUUUUGUUCAGCUAUAUAAUUACAGGAAUGUGACUAUACGCAGCCAGUCGAUAAAAACCCAGAGGUGGAAUUCGGGAAGCUUCUCCUUGGAAGGUUGAAUUUGGGAGUCCUUCGGUGUCCUGUGCUCUUGGUCCAUUUCGUCCACCAUCCAGACAUGACUUGGUGGGUCCUCCUCCCCAUCACCCUCUCUACUGUGACCUUCGUCGGCUCCUGGGCUGUAUAUGGCCUGGCUGUGUUUCAUAAACAUGUGUGCCCCCUUAGCAACUGGGAUUACAAGAACUCCUGUGACUCCAAUAACUCAGAAGCAUGCUGUAAUGUUCCCACCAUAAGCACCAGUGGAAGAAGUGCACCAGAAAACUCUCUGUUCACGGCCAUUACAAAUGCAGGCUCCUUCCUGUUCCUGGUGUUUGCUGUCUGCCACCACGCCCACAUUAUGGAGCGGAACCACGGCCAGGCCCUCCUCAGCAAGGUGGCCCUGGCCUUCGGCUGCGUGGUGGCCGGCGGGGCCUUCAUGGCGGGGAACUGCAACCCGGGAUACCUGAUGACGCUGCACUACCUGGGAGCGGCGAUCAGCUUUGUGUGCCUGUGUUUCUACACCCUGCUGCUGACCCUGCUGACCAGCAGGUGCACCCUCAGCGGCCUGGAGUUCCUGCUCUACCCCGCGCGCAUCAUCUUCACUAUCAUCCAGGUCAUAGCCACCAUCUGCUACUGUGCCUUUUUUGCCAAGGACGAACACUUCUACAACCACCUAUCCGCUGUUUUCGAGUGGAUUCUAAGUGCCAAUAUGGAGCUCUUCGAACUCAGUUUUGUUGUGGAGUUUUACAUUUUUUCAUCAUCCAUGUUGUCAGUACUGUUGGAGAAAAAAGAUGAAGAAAAGUCUUUCAUUUUGUCCUGAUACACUCCAACUUGAGUUAAAAAACAUUUUUUUUUACAAACUUAAUUCUGAAAGUCAUUUAUGCUGAAAGUACUUGAAAGCACUCAACAUGGGCCACAGGUUUCACAGGCCUGUGAAUUCCCUCAUGCCAUGUUUUUAAUGCAUUUUAAUGGUUUAUACGUUAGGCAUUUUAUUGCUAAUUCCAUUUAAAAAUGAUUAUUGUAAAUAGCCAAAAUUUUGAGCUAUCUGACUGCUGUAAAUUGGCUGCACUUUUAAUGCAUCAAAAGAACAAAUAUUCUGUAAUAGUUUUAUUAAUGGCCUUUUUCCUUUCAACUUUUUUCCUUUCAACUUUUGUUGAACUUUUUAAGUGAACAAGUUUUGUUUAUCCUGUUGUUAUAUUUAUGAAGCAGUGGAUUUUAAAUGCAAGGAAGAUUGUUAUUCCUCAAUAUCUUGGAAUGAGUCAUAUGUUUAGUCAUACUUUGACUAUGGUUUACAAACUACAAUUGUAAUUCCGGGUUACCUCAGAGCUUAGCAUUUUAAGAAAGGUACUGUUUUAAGAGUUUGUGGCAAUUGUAAUAAAACUGACUUCUGAAUGGCUGACAUUUGGAUGGGAGAAUACUAGAUCUUCAGAUUUUUAUGAAUUAGUAAGAAAUGUACAAGAAAUAUCACAGGACACUUACAGUCCAAGUGCAAUAAACGUCAUGUUUAAA